AUGGCUCUAUUUUUAAAUGGCAAGUGGUUUAUGGGAUUGCUAGAUACUGGAGCAGAUGUUUCUGUAAUUGCAGAGCGACACUGGCCAUCCACAUGGCCUUGUGUUCAGGCUACAGCAGAUUUAAAAGGUGUCGGCUCUGCCACAGCUCCUUUGCACAAUGCUUGUGCCAUCCCUUGGCAUGAUGAAAGGACACUCUGGCACGUUUUACCAUGUGUGCUAAAAGAGUUGCCAGUAAGUUUAUGGGGAAGAGAUGUUUUACAGGAAGCAGGAGCUAUUUUAUACAGCUCCAGUGCUAAAGUUUCACAUAUGACGUUACAACAGGGGUUUGAUCCUCGUAAAGGCCUAGAAAAGAGUCAACAGGGAAUAAAGGAACCCAUCUCUUCUAUGCCCCAUCCUCCUCAUAUGGGAUUAGGAUAUGAGACAUCUCCUACAUAUUUUUAG